CCGACUCAACCCUCACCCAUUGAGGAGCGAGAGUGGGCGGGCUUAAUGAGGCGCAUUGUGUGUUUUCAGCCUGGAGAAAAAGAACAACAACGGAGAAACGGUGUUGUCUGGUUAAGAAAUAAUUUUAUUAAAUGCAACUAAAAACUGUUUAUAUCUCGCAUGCUGCUCUGUGACUGAACAGAUUCACUGACCGAGGCGCUACAUAAGUAGUACGAGGCAUCGACUCUCCUGUCUACAAAGCCAGAUUUGAAUAUGCAACCUGCUCCUGUCAAAGAGGGGAGUCUAGGGUGGGGUUGUUUCCAUACGUCUGUUGAAGAGAGCGAGGAGGUCUCUGAUCAUUACCCAGAGCCAGUCCACAUUAAAGAGGAGGUCAUUGACCCUGAACUGGAGCCUGGCCGGAUUGCACAAGACGUGAGUGAGCUGGGAGCGAUCCGCGUUGUAGAGGACACCACUGAACUGCAAUCACCUUCAGAGAUACACUGCAAGAGGAAAAUGCCUGAAGCUCAAAGACUAACAUGCGCUGUAAAGGUACAAAGGAUGGAGCCUGACCAGAUUGCUGAAGAUGUCAGUGAGCGAGGAUCUGCCCAGAGGGUAGAAAAGUGUGCAGAACUGGGAUCUAACCACAGUACAGAGGACUCUGACAAGGGUGCAAAGGACACUGCUGAGCACAACGAACAGAAAAGCAACGACCAGCAAGCUGUCCGUUUUAAAGAAGAAGUCAUUGACCAGGAACUGGAGCCUGCUAAAAUAAAAGAGACAAAAAACACCAACAAAAAGGCAUCCAAAGAAAGCCCCUCGAGCGACACCCUGUACAUCUGCACUGAAUGUGGGAAGAGUUUCAACCAGCUGCAGACCCUGAAAAGACACAUCCGCACCCACGCUGCCCACACGUCCUAUCAGUGCUCAGAGUGCGACCAGAGCUUCAGCCAGCUGGUGAAGUUCAAUGCCCACAUGCGCUCUCACACGGGAGAACUGCCCUAUUACUGCGGAGACUGUGGGAAGGGGUUCAAAAACUUGGGGAACCUGAAAUCCCACCAGCGCACGCACACGGGCGAGAUGCCCUACCACUGCACGGAAUGCGGGAAGAGGUUCAAAAACACAGGCAACCUGCGCUCCCACCUGCGAAUCCACACCGGAGAGAAACCGUACCACUGCUCCGAGUGCGGCAAGAACUUCAAAAACCUGGGGAACUUUAAGACCCACCAGUACAUUCACACAGGAGAGUCUCCUUUCCACUGCUCCGACUGCGGGAAGAGUUUCAAACACCUGGGCAAUCUGAAAACGCACCAGCGCGUUCACACGGGAGAGAAGCCGUAUCACUGCACGGAGUGCGACAGGAGCUUCAAGCAGUCCGGAGACCUCAAGGCUCACGUGCGCAUUCACACGGGGGAGACCCCCUUCAGCUGCAGCGAGUGUGGGAAGAGUUUCAAUCGGGUGGUGACCCUCAAAGCCCACCAGAGGAUUCACACCGGAGAGAGGCCGUAUCUGUGCUCCGAAUGUGGGAAGAGUUUCAAAGAGUCGGGGGCUCUGACCAAACACCAGCGCAUUCACACCGGGGAAACGCCUUUCCCCUGUCCGGAAUGCGGGAAGAGCUUCCGGCAGCUGCAGACUUUGAAAAGGCACGUGCGCAUUCACACCGGUGAGACUCCGUAUCACUGCUCCGACUGCGGGAAAAGUUUCAAGCAGUCCGGGGAGCUGAAAGCCCACCAGCGCAAUCACACGGGAGACAUGCCCUACCGCUGCUCCGACUGCGGGAAGAGUUUCAAACACCUGGGCAAUCUGAAAACGCACCAGCGCGUUCACACAGGAGAGAAGCCGUAUCGCUGCACGGAGUGCGACAGGAGCUUCAAGCAGUCCGGAGACCUCAAGGCUCACGUGCGCAUUCACACGGGGGAGACCCCCUUCAGCUGCGGCGAGUGCGGGAAGAGUUUCAAGAGGGUGGUGACCCUCAAAGCCCACCAGAGGGUUCACACCGGAGAGAGGCCGUAUCUGUGCUCCGAAUGUGGGAAGAGUUUCAAAGAGUCGGGGGCUCUGACCAAACACCAGCGCAUUCACACAGCCGCCCCCCCUCCAUCGCUUCUCUACCUGAGAAGCGAAUCAAGCAAUCAGGAGACCACCAGCUGAAUCAGGCCAGGGAAAGCCUUGGGUGAAGCACGUGAAGUUUGAAAAAUGUUUUUAUUUAACAAAUGAACGUUUUCCAAAAACUACAAAGUAACCAGGUCUCUGAAGCGCUCACAAAAUCCAGUUUGGUAUCCUUGGCUCCCAGAUCCCCAAGUUAUAAAUGGAUUAUUUAAAGAAAGUUUCAUUCAGGUGGAUUAAAUAACGUUUAAUGUUUUAGAAUGCAUUGUGAAGUUUAAAAACUCAGCAGUUCAAGUGCCAUAAUGCAAUUCGAGUUUAAACAAAACAAAAAAAAAUUAUUCUACAAAUCCCAUCACGCCAACUGGUGUUUUAUAUCUGCUUUUUUGUGUUCCUGCUACCUGAUCCUCAUACCUGGCACAGGCACCCUUGUCAAUUCAUUCAUUCUUAAUAUAAACCCCUCGCUCCUGUGCAGACAGAAUUGCAUUUCUACAAGGCAGUGGUGAUACUUCAGGGAUAAGUGGUUAUUGAAACAUCUUCCACGCAUAACUCUCAUUUAUAAAAGUGUGCUGUUUAUUUUGUAUAGAAUUGAACCCAAUUUAACUCAAACCCACUUCCCCCCUGUUGAGAAAUUAAGCUUUUUACAAUAAAAGCUUUUUAAAGAAGGCAAAUUGAUACAAAAUGCGCAUCUGUUGUACAGGUUCUAUAUCUCUCUGAAAGGUUUAGCGAUCCAAUUUCAGUAUUUAUUUUCACAAUAAAAUGCUUUGACCUUGAGACAGUUUCGAAACAUCUACAGGAGUAAAAUAAAUAAAUACACUUCUGUGCUGCAAACAAGGUCAACGAAAGAACAGAGUCAAGCUGAGGCAACAUGUUCUAAAGGGAGCUGCAGCAAUUCAGGCUGUCAUUACAUUGCAAAAACCAUAAACACAUUGAUUCCAGUUUAAUUCAUUAUUAUUAUUAUUGUAUUUAAAUUUAAAACAGAUACUAUAGCAAUACAAUAAUGAAUGCAUCGCAACUAGACUAGCCAGCAAGCAUGCAGCGAGAGAGACUGGUUACAGUUUAAACAGAAGAAAAAGAUGAAGAACAAACACACUUCAUUUUGAAUUGCUAUUAGAACAAUGGGUCUCGCUGUCCUCAGAUCAAUGUGCCUCUCAAGUAACGAUAAUGAAGGGCAUGCCCGCUGCUCCUCAGUGUAAUCCAGUUACAGGCCCACCAUGCCAGUUCUACAUGCUGGAUUAGGUGCCAUAAAAUAGAAGCUAAAAGUAACACUUUAUUCUGUGUGGCAAAGUUACUUAAUAAACAGAUGACAGGUGUGCUCAUAUCCCAAAUGCUAUAUGUUAGUAUGUUUAUUAAGAUUUCUAUUGGUAGUUUGCUGGUCCAAUUUAAUAAACCAUUGUUUUACAGAAUUGUAGAAGUUUUUGAAUAAUCAUGCAAUCCUGUAAUUUUCAUAUGUUUGUGUUUCCCUGUUGCGUGUGUAUUGAAUGUUUAUUAACAUGUAAUUGAAAGUUAAUAAAAGGGUAAUGGCAUGUUAAUGAAA